AUGGUUCUACUACCUCCUAAAAAGAGACAUACGAAAAAGGGAUCGGAGAGCAGCUCGCACGAUUCGGGCCAAGACAGCCCCUCAAACCAUAAAAUUCGGGCUCAUCGCCGCGGUUCUGUCGAAGUAGACGAGCCAGAAAAUUACGACAGAGAUGCCCUCGUUUUUUACGUGAAUGGAAGAAGAGUUGUGGAUGGUGAAGUUGACCCGAGGACUACGCUUGUAACCUAUUUACGCGAUCAUUUACGCCUAACCGGCACGAAAAUCGGAUGCAACGAGGGUGGAUGCGGCGCGUGUACCGUCAUGAUUUCGGAGGUUGACCCGAUAUCCGGAGAGAUACGGCACUUCUCAGCAAAUUCCUGCCUAAUGCCUGUCUGCGGAGUUUUUGGGAAAGCCGUAACAACUUGCGAAGGAAUCCAAGGGGCCGAAGGACGACUGCAUCCCGUCCAGGAGCGGUUGAGCAAAUGCCACGGCUCCCAGUGUGGCUACUGUACCCCGGGUUUCAUCAUGGCCAUGUACAGCUUGCUGAGAAACAACCCGAAACCGUCGAGGGAAGAUGUGGAUCUGGCCAUUCAAGGAAACUUGUGCCGCUGCACCGGUUAUCGCCCAAUCCUGGAGGCGUUCUACAGUUUUGCCGAUGAGAAUGGCGAUGUAAAAAUCACCGAAUCCGGAUGCGCUAUGGGCGAUAAAUGCUGUAAGAAGGGUGGAGAUGGAUGUGGAGGGGAUCGAAAAACGUUCAUCAAGCUCUCUGAUUUGUCGAGUUGCGCCAAGUUUGACCCCAGCCAAGAGCUGAUCUUCCCGCCAGAGCUCAAGCUGAAAAACUUUCACCAACAAUCCCUCCUCCUCGACCACAAUGGCCACCGCUGGUUCCAGCCAACUGCUUACGACAUGUUAUUGGCCCUCAAGAGAAAACACCCACACGCCCGUGUCAUUUCCGGAAAUUCGGAAUUAGCGGUGGAGCUGAAAUUCCGCUUCAUUCCUCUCGACAUUGUCAUCAAUCCGAGACAGGUCCCUGAGCUGCACGAACAUCGCCUAACGGAAUUCGGAGCAUACCUCGGCACCGGUCUAUCUUUGACUCAGAUGGAAGAUGCGCUUCGGGCUUAUUCAAAGGAGCUACCAGAAUCGAAAUGCCGAGUAUUCAAGGCGGUCAACGACAUGCUGCACUGGUUCGCCGGACGACAUGUCAGGAAUGUGGCGAGUGUCGCCGGAAACAUUGCCACCGCUUCUCCAAUUUCCGAUUUGAACCCGAUUUGGAUGGCCUCCAGGUCCCAAGUCGUGCUCGAAUCGGAGGAACGCGGGAUCCGGACCCUUCCUAUCGACGAGAAAUUCUUUAUUGGAUACCGGAAGACGGUGAUUCAAGGUGAUGAAGUGGUGAAGGCGGUCAUUGUGCCGUUUUCUGAUGAGAAUGAGCACUUUUAUGCCUACAAACUUGCUCAACGACGAGAAGACGAUAUUGCCAUCGUCACGGGCGCGUUCAGAGCAAAAGUUAACCCGGCCACGCAUGUUGUCGAAGAUAUUGGAAUCUCCUACGGUGGAAUGGAUAUUUUCACGAAAUUGGCGCUAAAGACGAUGGCGCAUUUGAAGGGAAAAAAAUGGAAUAAAGCACUGCUGGACGAAGGCAUCGACUCGAUUUCCAAGGAAUUCGCGCUGAAGCCCGAUGUCCCGGGUGGAAUGCCGAGAUUUCGACAAGCCUUGACCCUCUCCUUCUUCCUAAAAUUUUUCCUACAAGUCGCUAAGAAUUUGGAGAUCGACGUCGAGCACGCAGAUCAAAAAACCCUGAUCGGCGACACGAUCAGCCAAUCCCUGGAAGCUACGCAGUUAUAUCAAGAAGUACCAGAUGGACAACCCGUCCAUGACCCAGUUGGACGGCCGAUUCAGCAUGUUAGCGGGGAGAAGCAUACUACUGGAGAAGCCAUGUACACCACUGAUGUUAAUAUUGCAGGACUUCUGCACGCUGCCCUCGUCUUGGCCCCAAUCGCCCACGGUACCAUCGAUAGCGUUGACGCCACAAAAGCUCUCGAAAUCGAUGGUGUCGUCGCUUACUUUGAUCAUUCCGACCUGCCGACCGACCGGUUAAUGGGACACCACGACGAUACGCUGGUGUUCGCGAAAGAUGAGGUGACCUACCACUGCCAACCGAUCGGUAUCAUCGUCGCGCGCGACCACGAGACGGCCCGUCGAGGAGCCAACGCCGUACAAGUACAAUGUACAGCCGGGAAGCCGAUUGUUACUGUAGAGGAAGCAAUAGAAGCAAACAGCUGGACCGGCCAGCCCUUCCAAGUUCACUCCCAGUUGAGUGAGGGCAAGCCGGAGUGGAAAAUGAAUGACUGGACCCAAUAUAAACGAAUUGUCGAAGGAACCAUCAAAAUGGGCGGCCAGGAACAUUUCUAUUUCGAGACGCAUAACUGCAUCGCGAUUCCGAAUGAGGAUCGGGGAAUUGAUAUGAUCGUCAGCACGCAGGGCGUGAAUGACGUUCAGAUCGAAGUCUCAAAAAUCCUCAACAUUCCCCGGAAUCGCGUCAAUAUCCGCGUGAAGCGAGUCGGUGGCGGUUUUGGUGGAAAGGAGUCGACCAAUUCGCUCUCUGCUGUCCCAUGCGCGUUGGCUGCGCUGAAGCUUCAAGCUCCGGUAAAAUUGUACCUCGAGCGAUUCGAUGAUAUGGCCAUCACUGGGCAUCGCCAUCCGUUUAAUUUCAAUUAUAAGGUAGCGCUCUCUGAGGAAGGAAAAUUGCUGGAUUACGAAGUGACCGCAUUUGCCAACGGCGGCCAUACGCUGGAUUUGAGUGCUGGAGUUUUGACACGAGCAAUGGUUCACAUCGACAAUGUAUACAAAUUCGGGAACGCGCAUAUUUAUGGCCGGAUUUGCCGCACGAAUACGGCUUCAAAUACGGCUUUUCGAGGAUUUGGAGGCCCACAGGGCAUGUUCUGCACCGAGACACUGAUGAAACACAUUGCCGAGACGUACGACUUGGAUGUUGAUGAGCUCCGCGAGAAAAAUCUCUACAAAGAGGGCGAAAUGACACCAUUCGGGAUGCAUCUUCGAAAAUGCAACGCAAAAAGAACGUGGGAUGAGUGCAGAGAAUUCAGCAGAUACGACGAGCGGAAACGGAUGGUUGCGGAAUUCAACAAGCAAAAUCGCUUCCGGAAGCGCGGCAUCUACGUGAUGCCCACCAAGUUUGGCAUCGGUUUCGGGCUGAAAUUCAUGAACCAGGCGUCCGCGCUUGUUCUCGUGUACACCGAUGGGUCGGUGCUGAUCUCGCAUGGUGGUAUGGAGAUGGGCCAGGGAUUGCAUACAAAGAUUUUACAGAUCGCGGCUCGGUGUCUGGACAUCCCAAUCGACUUGAUUCACAUCGAGGAGACGGCCACGGAUAAGGUCCCGAACGCCUCCCCGACAGCGGCCAGUGUUGGCUCGGAUCUGUGCGGAGUUGCAGUCCAAAACGCUUGCGACCAGUUGACGGAACGGCUAAAGCCCUACAAGGAGAAGCUGUCCGACAAAACAUGGAAAGAAUGGGUGGCAGCGGCGUAUAUGGAUCGAGUGUCGCUGUCGGCAUCUGGAUUUGGGAUAAUUCACAACGAGCCGGUCGACUUUUUUAAUGGAAAGGGAGCGGAAUUAUUUGGAUACUGUGUCUACGGGACGGCUUGUUGCGAGGUGGAAGUGGAUUGUUUGACUGGAGAUCACAGGCUCCUCUCUACGCACAUUGUAAUGGACAUUGGAGACUCGUUGAAUCCUGCCAUCGACAUAGGCCAAAUCGAGGGCGCUUUUAUCCAGGGCUACGGAUUGUUCACGAUGGAAGAAAUCAGGGUUCGACCAAAUGGAAUGCGAUUGACAAGAGGCCCCGGCAACUACAAAAUCCCGUCGGCUGAUGACGUGCCUAGGGACUUCCACGUGGCCCUUCUGAAGGGCUCCUCCAACCCGUCGGCCAUUUUCGCCAGCAAAGCCGUGGGAGAGCCACCGCUAUUCCUGGGCGCUACCGUAUUCUUCGCCGUUCGGGAGGCCAUCCGAGCGUAUCGCAUUCAGAAUGGUAAGCAAGGCUACUUCCGCUUCGACUCCCCAGCGACGCCAGAGGCCAUUCGAAUGGCGUGCGAGGACGAAUAUUUGGAAAAGAUCCCCUCCCUACCGGAAGCCGGCACCUUCACCCCGUGGACCGUUCCCCUC